CCCACCCAUGAUUCAGUCAGUGGAGAUGAAGUUACACACCAAACACAAAGAAGUCUCCCAUCGAGUGGGCGUGGCCGCUGAACAGGUGAGCGGAGAAGAUCUCCAACAGGAAGUCGCCACAGGUGGAUUGCGCUGCUUUGCUCAAAACGAAAACAAGCUGAGCAGCUACAGGGAGAUGCCAGACAGGGGGAGACACCAUCAGAGGAGUGAUGUGUCCGCAGAGUACAAGAGCAGGGGACAGCACUCUCUGUAUGAUAACCAGAGACACAGCCGAAACCCCGGAGGUGCAGAGGAGCGAUUCAGCAGUGGCAGAAGAACUAAAGAGAACAGAAAGAGAGAAGUGACAAGUCCUCCUUUUCAUAAGGGGUCAGCUGCAUACAUUGCUCAUGAAAGGCCCUCGGCCCUGGCCAGAGAAACAUCAGUGUCUAACCAUGAGGUUUAUCAACAACAGCACAGAGAAGCCCUGUACAAUUUAAGAUACAUCCUAACCUCUAGAGGUAUCUGCCAGCUCUUGGAGAUCUCUGUGAAUCUUCUUAUCAUAAUCUGUGCUGGAGUGCCGUACAGCAACAACGGGGGUUACCGGGACCUGGCCAGCCUCGGAGGAAUUUACGCUUAUUACUUUGGAGGUGCCAGCGCCUUUACUGGAGCUGAUGCCGACAGAGUCAAGGAGCUGGACCGCCUCUUCCACCAGCUCAAGCGUCCUCCAUAUGUCUUUACAAUGGCCUGCGGUGGGAUUUUGAUGAUAUAUGCCUGUGUCAUGUUUGGCCUGGGGGUCUUCAGGGUCUCCUACCGCUGGCCCAUUGUGCUGCUUGUGGAAGCUGUUGUGAAUUUUCUGAUUGGCUUAGGUUACAUCGCUGGGUUGGUUUUCUACUUUAUUAACAUACAGGAAACCUACCAAAACCCCAUCUGUCAGGAGAGGGAGCAGAUGUACAAGAGCAAAGGACACAAAGGCUUUGAGUGCAGCUUUAAUGGUGCAGAUAUCGCAGGAGGAUUGUUUGGAGUGGCAGGGAUUUGUGUUUUCAUCUUUGGUGGGGUGCUGGCAGUCAGAGCCUUCAAAUCAAUGCGAGAGCAGAAGAAUGAAAGAACAAAUGAGGACAAUUAUUUUUAAACAUGCUUUUCUUACUUACAUUAGAGAAAACAUUUAACAGAUUGGAAGGGAUUUCCAUGAAGUAUUUUUCUGUUCUAAAUUUCUUUCUGUAAGUUGGAAUACAUAUUUUUUUAAAUUCUUUCUUCUGUUUCACUUUUGUACUGAGCUCUAUAUAUUUUUUUGUAAAUGUCAUAAUAAACAGCCAGAUGAGUGCACAUACAAUUUCAUUUUUUGGCUUGUAAAAUGAGGCAAUUGAAAAACAACUUUUAUUUCCACUUGUGAGAUUAUGAUAGAACAUUUGACAUCCUGGAAAUAAAAUCAUAAGCUGUUCUUAAUAUGGGAUGUGUUAGGCAGAGGAGGAGUUGGUGAAAUAAAUUCAAAACUCAU